AUGAUAUUCCACCAUAGUCACAACCACAACCAGAGUCACAGCCACAGCGAGAGCCACAACCGCUUAGAAGUUGGUCAGUACUUUACAAGUAAGAAUGAUUUGAAGGAAAAGCUGCAUUUAAUAGCUUUGAAAGGGAAGUUUGAGUUUCAAACAACAAAAUCAAAUAAAGACGUGCUUGUAGUAGAGUGUGUGGAUCCGAGAUGUGUGUGGCGUAUCCGAGCCUGCAAAUUGAGACUGUCGAACAUGUUUGUAAUCCGUAAGUAUAAUGGUGUUCACUCUUGCUCGUUAGAAAAGCGUUCAGCGAAGCACAGGCAAGCAACGUACUCCGUUAUUGGAAGUUGCAUGAAAAACCAAUUUAUAGGGGUCAAACAGGGUCCGGUUCCGAAAUCAAUUCAGAAAUAUGCCCGUGACGAAUUCGGGACGGACUUCAGUUAUUACAAAGGAUGGAAGACUCGUGAGCAUGCACUUCAACUCGUAAGAGGUAUGGCCGAAGAAAGCUUCACUAAGCUCCCAUCAUACUUUAAUAUGGUGUCUUUUACUAAUCAUGACAGCAUCACCAAUAUUCAUUUUGAUGAACAGAACCGUUUUAUCUAUCUUUUCCUACCAUAUGGACCUUGUAUACGAGGUUUUGGUUGCAUGAGGAAAGUUAUCAGUGUUGAUGGAACGUGGUUGAAGGGAAAAUUCAGAGGUACGUUGUUAGUUGCCACUGCACAGGAUAAUGAACGUCAUUGUUAUCCCAUCGCAUGGGCCAUUGUACACUCAGAGACUGAUGCAUCCUGGACAUGGUUCUUCUCGAACUUGAAGGUGAUUAUCACUGAUUCUGAGGAAUUAGUUUUUAUUUCUGAUAGGAAUCAAAGUAUAAGUAAUGCAUUGUCUACAGUUUAUUCAUUAGCACAUCACAAUUGUUGCACAUGGCAUGUGUCUCAAAACAUCAAGAGUAAUUUCAUAUGCAGCGGUGUUCUGCCAUUGAUCUUUAAAACCGCUGAGGCCUACCGCAUUGACGAGUUUUCAGUCUUGUUUGAUGAGUUGUCUGCAAGAUAUCCCAGUAUUGCUAGAUACCUACAGGAGCAAGUUCGUUUUGAAAUGUGGUCUCGUGCUCAUUUUAAAGGAAAUUGA